CUUGGUAAUCAAGAGACAAAAUGGAAGUAGUUGAAGGGACUAAGAGUGCGGUAAAAGUUGGCUCCAAGGCAAAGAAUGUCGCUUUAAGGGACUUAAUACAUUGUGCGACAGUUUGGAACCGAAUGAAUUUUGAGGAAAAGGAAAAGUAUCGCAAUAUGAACAGUUGCAAUAAAUCAGUCGGUUCUAUGCAGGUUUCCGAAGAAGAUGAUGCCGACGAUACAAUUUUUGGCCCAUGUUGUCCGGAAAAGCCUUCCUGCUCGAGUAGUCUGAAGUCAAGGUGCACGACACGCAGGACCAAGCACAACAUCUGCCAGCCUCGCAAACGAAAGAGGUGCUUCAGUGUCAAGCGCAAAAAGUGGGUGAAACCGGGUCCGAUCACGAACAACGCAUAUUUGAAUUUCCUUCGCACCGUUCGACGCAGAUACUGCGGCCUGAUGCCCAAGCAGCUGGUUAUUCUGGCUGCCUAUGAAUGGAGGUGUCUGAGCGAUAACAAGAAACUGCGCUAUCGUCGCCAGGCCUGCCAGGUCAGUGCCAGUCAGCGCCACCAAAGGCUAUGUGCCCGCAAUACGAAUGGAUAACUAUCUCUGGAAGGAACCAAUCUGUGAGCUGCAUUUUCGAGUUCUCAUUUCAUUUGCUUCUCGUUUAGAAUCAUAAAUACAAUAAUGCAAUGCACCCAGUA